AAACGAAAUAAUGGCGAUUGUUAUUAAACUCUAUCUGGAUAAUUAUAAAUUGCACAAAGAAAUAUUUCAGAGGAAAAAUGCGCUACGCCCAGAUAGUGAUGGGUCCAGCUGGUUCAGGCAAAUCUACAUACUGUUCCACGCUAGCUGCACAUGGACAGGACUCUAAGCGAACUAUCCAUGUUGCCAACCUUGAUCCAGCCGCUGAACAUUUCAGUUACCAACCUCUUCUAGAUGUUAGGGAUCUUAUACAAGUAGAUGACGUGAUGGAGGACGAAGAGAUGAAGUUUGGUCCUAACGGAGGACUCGUCUUCAGUAUGGAGUUCAUGAUGGAGAACACAGACUGGUUAGAGGAAGCCCUGGGUGAGGACGAGGAUGAUUAUAUUUUAUUCGACUGCCCUGGUCAGAUCGAAUUGUAUACACACAUGAAUCUCAUGAGAAGAUUUGUAGACCUUCUUCAACAUUGGAAUUUCAGGGUGUGCGGUGUGUUCCUGAUAGACUCCCACUUCAUGGUUGAUGGAGGAAAGUUUAUAUCUGGAGCUUUAGCUGCUCUCAGUGUUAUGGUUAACCUAGAGGUUCCUCAUGUUAACGUUCUUUCCAAGAUUGACCUGUUAUCUGUGGGCGGGAGGAAACAGUUGGAGAGAUUUCUUGAACCUGAUACUCACACCCUUACUGCAGACCUUCACGGGACUAAUGGUGUACUAGGACACAGGUAUGGGGAGCUGUCGGUGGCCCUUGGUCGGGUUUUGGACGAUUACAGUCUUGUCAAAUUUUUCCCCUUGGACAUCACUAGUGAAGAAAAUAUACAGGAUUUAUUAAUCAUGAUUGAUACAACGAUACAGUAUGGAGAGGAUCUAGAUACGAAAACAAGAGAUUUCGAAUAUCCAGACAAGGAGGAUGAAAACGACGAGUAGAACUUAAGUUCAGUUGAUCCGAACUGAACUUAAAUCGAACUAUAAAAAGUUCAAACUCCCGGCUCAGUUUUUAAAUAAAUGUUAUUUAUUUUUUUAUAUCAAGGCUGUGAUAUUUUUUUUCAGA